CCCUCUUCAAGCUUUCCCCAUUCUCCCCUUCUCAUCGUAAAACUGGCGUCGCCUAUCCCCAUUCCACGAUUCUCUGCUGCCGCCUCCAUGGCAGCUUCCGAGGGAUCUGCUGUAGCACCUAUGACAACGUCUACUUCAUCUCCCUUGCGAUCAACCUCCGCAAUGACCCCUCAUAUUCGUAUCGUACCUCAUCUGGAAUCUACUCGAUCACUUGUAUUUGGAGUUAUUGAACGCGACGUACCGGAUAAUACCCUUCUCAAGAUUGGUCGCUUUACCGACAAGAUAUUUUUACCCAAUAGAAUAACUUUCAAGUCAAAAGUUGUCAGCCGAGGCCACGCUGAAAUAUGGACCGAGCAAGGCAAAUUUUAUAUUAGAGAUACCAAAUCUUCUUCAGGCACCUUCCUCAAUCAUAUUCGACUUAGCCCUCCCAACGCAGAGUCACGGCCCUUUCAGUUGAAGGAUGGAGACGUUGUUCAGCUCGGUGUGGAUUAUCAAGGCGGGACAGAGGAGAUAUAUCGAUGUGUCAAAAUGCGUCUGGAACUCAAUCGAUCAUGGCAACAACAAAUGAAUCCCUAUAGCUUAAACACCUUUCAAUCCUUGAGAAAUCUGACAACACCACCUAAUAAUGUAACCGUACUCGACACUGCGAUGGCCAAUGGAUCAUCCACAGCCGAAAACGAUCACAAUGCUGCUAUAGAGGAUUGCUGUAUCUGUUUGUAUGCCAUUGCUCCAUUCCAAGCACUGUUUGUCGCACCUUGUUCGCACACUUUCCACUACAAAUGCUGCCGGCCUCUUCUACAAAACCAUCCGGGAUUCUUAUGUCCACUUUGCAGAACGUAUGCUGAUUUAGAGGCCAGCGUCGCGGUUGAAGCUAGCGAGGUAAUAAUUAAAAAGAAAAUUUUUUUGUGAUCCCCGUUUUGCAAUGAAACUAAAUUAGUU